CCCGCCCAUCAACUCCAAAUAACGCUCACCAGAACUCUGGGAGAGAUGUCUUCGCGGGCCUUCCGGAGGCUGAAUCGCGACGCAGACGUGAUAAGGAUAUCUGAAAAUGCAGAGGAAGGAAAGGAACUAGAAGAAGAACCCGAGUUCAUCAGUGUGGCUUGCAAAAAGAAAACUCCUGCUGCCAAUCCAUUUGCUUUGUUGAAUGAGAGUGAUGAUGCUGAGGAUGAGAGUGAAGAUAAGGAGGAAGAACUGAAUACCUUGCCUUCAAAGGUGGCCAAGAAGCCUAGAAAGAAGAAGAAGAGGAGAAAAGCCAGAGUGGCCAAGGAGGAGCCAGAGCCAGAGCCUCGAGACUCUGACCAGGAGAGUGGGGAUGAGGUGGACGUGGCAGUGAGGGAGGUCAAUAAGCUGCUGGGGGAGGUGGGAAAGGAGAGAAGAGGGGAGAGGGAGGAAGGAGAAGGGGAGGGAGAAGAGACUGAGUCAUCUCCUGUUCCUCACUCUCUGCUCAAGGUGGACAGAAGAUUUCUCAAUGCUGAAAAUGAGAUGAGGAGGAUAUUUGGUUCUAAAGUUGUCAGAGGAGACCAAGUGCGGCAAAAGGCCCAUCGUAAGGUCCACCUCAGACCAACAGUAUUGGCCACUCCCAAAGAUACUUGGCCAAAGAUUGAAAAACUUGGUCUGACAAUGCAGCAGGAUGGAGUGAGGGACUGGUGCCAAUACUUUCAUUUCGAGCACUCCCCAGCCUACCAGAAGAUCCAGCUGAGGUUCUGGGAGGCCGUAGACACCUUUGACCCAAACUCCAUUGCUGCAAUACUCCACGCUCAUCCCUACCACGUUGACUCUCUUCUGCAAAUGAGUGAAGUCUCACGGCUCGGGGAGGACAUCCAGAUGGCUUCUGAGCUCAUUGAGAGAGCUCUGUGUAGUUUUGAGUCCAGUUUCCACACGCUCUUCAACUAUACGCAGGCCAACUGCCGUCUCGACUACUCCAGAGCUGAAAACAGGUCGUUCUUUCUCACUCUCUUCCGUCAUCUGAGCUAUAUCAGCAGAAGAGGAUGUCACCGUACUGCACUGGAAUUCUGCAAAUUGUUGCUGGCUCUCAAUCCAGAGAAGGACCCUCUGUGUGCCCUCCUCAUCAUUGACUACUGUGCAGUGAGAGGCGGAGAGUAUCGAUUCCUCAUCGACCUCUUCCAUGCUUGGGAGCCACACAGGAACCUAUCACAGCUACCCAACUUUGCCUUCUCUGUCCCCCUGGCCAUGUUCCACAGCCAGAACAGGGAGGAGAAGGAGGGAGAGGGUGGCGGAGAGACGGAGGCCAAUAAGAGACUUCAAGAUGCUCUGCUAAUGUUCCCCUGUCUCCUCCCUAUCCUGCUAGACAAGUGUGGUGUCACGCUGGACCCUGCUGUCACGAGUCACUCAUUGUUCACACAACCCAUUGAGAGGGAGCCAAACGGCCUAAAACUACUCAUGAAGCUCUAUGUUGAGAGGAGCCACUCUCUAUGGAAAGAGCCAGAGGUUGUUAUAGUAAUAAUGCAUGCACAAGAUAGUGAAACUGCUCUUUACAUUGCUUGUCAGAAUUGGGGUUAUGAAAAAACAUUAUCAACAUGUUUUCGGGGUAGGUGUAAGCAAUGCUGUUUUGUUUAGGCACUCCCCUGGUGGUGGUUUCGAAUUCUCUUUUCUCCGUCCUGAUAGUAUCUGUUGUUAGUUUCCUGCUCUUUUCCACAUGUUUAUCAGGUGCUGACGUGGCUAGAGGCUAACUGUAGAGUGGCAGUGGCCAGGGCUAACGACAAAGACCCUCUAAAUACAGACUUCAGGGCCAAAGCAGUCAAGCGCUACAGUAGAGUCCCAAGGAACAUCUAUCGCCACAUUCUCAUCUCUGAUCUGGACCGUGUCGUGUCUGCCCUCCCACCUGAUAUGACCCAGACCUCUAUAAACUCCUAUGACCCUCUACCGCCUCCUGACUCAACUUGUGGCUAUGAAAGACCACAGAUACAACGGGGCCCAGGAGCAGGUGAUGUUGCUGAGAAUCCACUUCUUUUGCUCUUGAGAUCUCUUCUCCCCAACUACAACCACAUGGCUGAGGGUGGCAGGCAGCAGGGAGGAGGAGGAGGAGGAGGAGUAGGGAUUGGUGCCAUGAUCCACAGACACGUUGACAGAGUGAGGCAGUACUACGAGGACUACUACGCCCAGCACGAGGGAGAGGAGAACGUCCCUCCGCCUCCUCCACCUCCUCCAGCAGACCUGCGGAGAGAGAGAAUGAGGGAGCUCCUGGGGGGGUUGGAUGACGUCCACCAAGAUCUGAUGGCGGCCCUCAGGAACAUUGUCGGUGGACUUGCUGCACCCAAUGAACACAGUGACAGUAGUAGCUCAGAUGCAUAAUGGUGGCCUGGUUGUUAGCUAUUAUAAAGUGUGGCUAUAUACCAAUCCUGCAAUAAUAUUUCUCCUUUUCAUCCUGACUUGUGUUCUA